CAGUCUCAGCGGCGCUGAUCCCCCCCCCGGAUAUUUUGUUUGUUUGGGUUCUUUUCGACGCGCCCCCCCCCCCGCCCAAUCUCUCUCUCUCUCCCGCGAAGGAUAUUUUGACUGACAUUUUUUUGGCGGGGAAGAAAAACAAGGUGGUUGGCGUGGUGUUUUGACUGACUGACUGUUGUUUUUUUGCUUUCGGAAAGAAGGGUUGCCUGCGUUCACGACGGAGACUUUCCUCCCUUCUCCUCUUAUUUUUUUUUUGCAAAAGCAAAUCUUCCCUUCCCAACGGGAGAGGAUAUUUAAUCGGCAUCUGAAAUUCGCUCCUUGCUGAGGGGUAACUUGAGAAGGGGAGGGGGCUGUUUGUUUGGGAGGGAAGCGACGGGGGAACCCCAUCCUGCUCCCGUCGCUGGAGGAAUUUCCACCCCUCACGGAUGAAAUUAUGCACUUCUCCCCUUUCCCGGCGGCUGCUCGGGCGAGACUUUCCUGGACUGGACUUUUGAAAGCCACGUUUCUCCUGCGAAGGGUGAUUUGGAAAUAAAAACAGCAACCCAAACUCUGCUUCUGGAGCUGGAAGGACGCUGAACAGCUGCUCUCUUGCCUGCUACUCUCUUCCUAUCCCCUUUUUGGAAGGGGGGGGGUUUGCAGUGCUGUUUUGCUGGGGUUUUGUUUUGUUUGGUUGCUGCUGCUGCAAGAAUUGGAUUUUGGGCUGCUCCGUUAGUUCUCUUUAGUUGUUGUUGUUGCUUUGUUUCCCCCUCUGCUGUUUUGGAAGCUGCCCCUUUGCAGUAGGGGAGCUGCUCUGCCACCUCUCUCCCCUUCCAGCAUGGCGAGCCCCACGGAUAAUAACGAGGGCUUCUUCUCAGAUGUCAGGAAGGUGGGUUACUUGCGCAAACCCAAGAGCAUGCACAAGCGCUUCUUCGUGCUGAGGGCAGCCAGCGAGUCCGGACCCGCCCGGCUGGAGUACUAUGAAAAUGAAAAGAAGUGGAGGCACAAGUCGGGGGGCCCCAAGCGCUCUAUCCCGCUGGAGAGCUGCUUCAACAUCAACAAGAGGGCAGACUCCAAAAAUAAGUACCUUGUGGCGCUCUACACUAAGGACGAACACUUUGCCAUUGCUGCUGACAGCGAGCCUGAGCAGGAGAGUUGGUACCAGGCUCUGCUACAACUGCACAACCGGGCCAAGAGCCAUCAGCACCACCAUCACCACCACCAUCAUCAUCACCACCACCACCAUGGGGAUGUCACCAUGGGUGGUGGAAGCAUUGGGAUGGGAGAGGCAGGGGAGGACACCUAUGGUGAUAUGGCUCCUGGCCCAGCAUUCAAGGAAGUUUGGCAGGUGAUCUUGAAACCCAAGGGUCUGGGCCAGACUAAGAAUCUGAUCGGCAUCUACCGCCUGUGCCUAACCAACAAGACCAUCAGCUUCGUCAAGCUGAACUCUGACGCGGCAGCCGUGGUGCUGCAGCUGCUCAACAUCCGGCGGUGUGGCCACUCGGAGAACUUCUUUUUCAUUGAGGUGGGGCGUUCUGCAGUCACCGGACCAGGUGAGUUCUGGAUGCAAGUAGAUGACUCGGUAGUAGCCCAGAACAUGCAUGAGACCAUCUUGGAGGCUAUGCGGGCCAUGAGCGAGGAGUUCCGCCCCCGUAGCAAAAGCCAGUCCUCCUCCAACUGCUCCAACCCUAUAUCGGUGCCUCUCCGCAGCAGGCACCAUGUCAACAACCCCCCACCCAGCCAGGUGGGGCUCAGCCGUAGGUCCAGGACUGAGAGCGUGACAGCUACCUCUCCUGCUGGCAGUGGUGUGGGAGGAGGGACAGGGGGCAAGCCCAACUCUUUCCGCGUCAGAGCCUCCAGUGAUGGAGAAGGUACCAUGUCCAGGCCAGCUUCGGUGGACGGGAGCCCAGUUAGCCCAAGCGCCAACCGGACCCACUCGCACAGGCACCGUGGCAGCUCUAGGCUCCACCCCCCUCUCAACCACAGCCGCUCCAUCCCAAUGCCUUCCUCGCGCUGCUCCCCUUCUGCUACGAGCCCGGUCAGCCUGUCGUCCAGCAGCACAAGCGGCCAUGGCUCCACCUCGGACUGCCUCUUCCCGCGUCGCUCCAGCGCUUCGGUCUCUGGCUCCCCCAGCGACGGGGGCUUCAUCUCGUCAGACGAGUAUGGAUCCAGUCCCUGUGACUUCCGCAGCUCCUUCCGCAGCGUGACCCCUGAUUCUCUAGGACACACCCCACCUGCCCGGGGAGACGAGGAGCUCAGCAACUACAUAUGCAUGGGAGGGAAGGCUGCUUCGUCCUGCUGCAGCAUCGCAGCUCCUAAUGGUCAUUUCACCCCCCGCACUUGCCACCUUCAACAGCAGCAGACCCGCUGCCCUGGUGCCCCCUGCUGCCCUCGGCUUGGCGGUGAGGAUGUGGGUGAUCCGGAGAAAGGCUUCAGGAAAAGGACUCAUUCAGCUGGUACCUCCCCUACCAUCUCCCACCAGAAGACUCCCUCGCAGUCUUCAGUGGCCUCCAUUGAGGAAUAUACCGAGAUGCUCCCCUCUUAUUCCUGUGGCGGCAGCAGGCUCUCCUCCUAUCGACAUUCUGCCUUUGUACCAACCCAUUCUUACCCUGAGGAGUGUCUAGAGAUGCAUCAGGUGGAGGGCAACCACCACCGGACCAACUCUACCCCACACACUGAUGAUGGCUACAUGCCAAUGUUGCCAGGAGUGGCCCCAGUUCCCAAUGGUGGUAGUACUCCCAAAGGUGGUGAUUAUAUGCCCAUGAGCCCUAAGAGUGUGUCUGCCCCACAGCAGAUAAUCAACCCUGGGAGAGGAGGCCGUCAUGUACAGGCCACGGUGGACUCCAAUGGCUACAUGAUGAUGUCUCCCAGUGGCAGCUGCUCUCCAGACAGUGGUUCUGCUGCCUACAGCAAAUUAUGGAUGAAUGGGACUAGCCACCACCCCAAGCUCUCCGUGGAGAGCAACGAGGGGAAACUGCCGAGUGGUGGGAGCGAUUACAUCAACAUGUCUCCAGCCAGUGGAUCUGCUACCAGCACCCCUCCAGAUUGCUACUUCGCCAGCUCAGGACCUCCAGGCCCAGAAGAGCCAUCUGUGCAAGGACCCACCCGGUCCCACCACAAGCCCAUCUACUCCUACUUCUCCCUGCCACGUUCCUUCAAGCACAUGCAACGCAGGACAGGCGAAGAGGGAAAUGCCCAGAUGCGGAUGUCCUUCAGCUCCGGCCGCUUGCUCUACGCUGCUGCCGAGGACUCCUCCUCCUCCACUAGUAGUGACAGCCUCGGUGGCCCUGGGGGACAGGAGGGUGUGGGGUAUGCCCUUCCCGCACAGACACAGCCAUUGCAGCCUGCUCCUUCUUGUACUGUGGACACAGCUGUGCGGACCAAGAGCCGCCUGGCCAGGCCUACCCGGCUGUCCUUGGAUGGCCCAAAGGCCAGCACUCUGCCUCGGGCUCGGGAACAGCUCCCAGAGCCCAAAAGCCCUGGUGAGUACGUGAACAUUGAGUUCAAGCAACCUGCCUUCCCGUCACCUUUGCCCCACGGAGAUGCUGGCUCCAGCUCAGAGGAGUAUAUGAAUAUGGACUGGGGGGCAGCGUGCCCAGCUACCUUGGCAUCCAUGCAGCCAAGCCGGGCCGGGGCAGCUCCCCCCGGUGGCCGAGACUAUAUGAGCAUGCAGCUGGGCAACGGGGGGCAGUAUGUAGUGUGUGCCCACCCCCCCUCUCCUCCCCCUCCGGCCCUCCUGCUCAGCUACGCUGACAUGAUGGGUCGCGGCAGGCCAGAGAAAAGCCCCCCACCUGUGGGCCUGCCUUCUCAACACCCCCAGGCGCAGCUGGGGGAGCUGCCAGCUGUCUUGCCCCACUCCUGCUCCUCGUCCAUGAUGGGGCCCCCGGGGAUGAGCAGCGCCUUCACGCACGUCAGCCUGAGCCCCAGCCGCAGCAGCCAGAGUGCCAAAGUGAUUCGCGCUGACCCUCAGGGAGGCCGGCGGCGCCACAGCUCCGAGACGUUUGCUUCCUCGACCACGCCUGGUGGUGGCCUUGGGGCCUCAGCCCUGCCCCACGGACCAGGAGGAGGCUCUGAAGACGCCAAGCGCCACAGCUCAGCCUCCUUCGAAAACGUCUGGCUCAAGCCUGCAUCUGGGGAGGCAGGGGCCUUCUCCGGCCUUGGCACAGCGGCGUUCAGGAGGGAUCAGGCAGCUGGGGGUGGCGUGGAGAAUGGGCUCAAUUACAUCGACCUGGACUUGGUGAAGGAUUUUAAUCCCCGCCAGCAUCAUCACCAUCACCACCCCCACCCUCAGGAGAGCGCUUCUCUGCUAGGGGUCAAGCAGCCGACACAGCAGCAUCAGCCACCUAAAUCUCCUAAUCAGCCUUGUGGGAGUAGCCACUUGGGUGAUGAAUUAAGUGCAUAUGCCAGCAUCAGCUUCCACAAGCGGGAGGACAUCCAGUAGCUGGGCAAGAGCCAGAGACAAGAUUGAUGACCUAUACAACCUCAGAAUAUCCUUCUUGGAACUCAUGAGUAUCCAGACUCUGUUUUGUGUAUCACAACUAGGACCUCACAUCUUCUUCCCCAGUAGAUGGGUACGAUGCAUCCAGUUCAAUUUGUUUACUUUACACAAACCUCAGGAGUUAGUUGACUGAACUGCACAUUCUUCUUUUACUUCUUAUUCUUCUUUUUUUUUGUGUGUGCCAAGCAAAAGCACUGUGACACCUGGACAAUGAGUCUAUGAUUACUUACUCCUCUACCAUAAAGACUUAGCUGGCUACAGUGAACUCAUGUGCCCACUUUAAAAUGGUGAGAAUGGGCAUGCUACUAGCUCAUUUACAUAAGACAUGACAUUUUAAUUUGCUGCUGAAAAACCUGUACGACAAAUCAUCAGUGUAAAUUAUUACAUACAAACUGUUAAUGUUGGUUGAAGAGUAUUAAAUAUUUAACAUAGGUUUUUUGAUUUAUACAUGUACUUUUUUAAUUAAAAAUGUAACUUUUCCUACAGCACAUCUUUUUUUGAUGUGGAACUGAGGUAUACUAUAUUCUGUUGUAAACAGAGUGGGUUGGGGUGGGGGAAACUGUUAAAAAACAAGGCGAUUUAAGAAUAGAGUAGGGUACUAUUCUUUUUAAGAUUGUAAUUCAGAAUAUAAUAUAAUAUGGAUCAAUGGGCCCGUGGAUCUGGAUUGUACAGUCAUAUUUACCAAUCUAAUGAUUUGUAAGAUAACCCUGUGACUGAGCUGAAUUCUUUCAAAAAUAAAAUAAUAUUUUGUAUUGUUCCUGUAAAACAUUAGGCUGUAUUAAUGAAAAGGCAAAUGAACUGUGCAUGGUAUUUACAAGUGUGGGUUUUAAAAUUGUUGGUUGCACAGGAACUUUGAAAACAUCAGAAAAAUAAAUCUAAGUCUUCCAUUGUAUAUAUAUAUAGAAGAAGAAGAAAUGAAACUUGGGCGAACUCUUUAAAUUGAAAUAUCCCUGGAAUGAAAUACGUGGGUGUUUGUAAAUUCUGGAAAUCUCUUUCUAUACAUAAUAAACUAGAUACCGUUUUAUCUUUA